GGUCGAUAUUCGUAAACUGCUUCGAUAUCUUGGCUGUAUGUAAAGUGUCAAAAACAUGUUGAGUGUUUGAUGAUAUAAAAAUGAGUUGUCAAAAAGGCAACACACACCGAACAAGACCACAGAAAUAUCAGAAUCGGCACGUUUUCAAAAAUGAUCUUCACGAUAAAUCAAAGCAAACGAAGGCCAUAAAUAACAUACAAGUGUGCAAUGUAUGUGAAAGGUGUAAAAAGAUCAUCGAGUGGAAGAUAAAGUACAAAAAAUUCAAGCCUCUCAAAUCUCUUGUAAAGUGCACAAAGUGUGAUCAAAAAGUUAUAAAGCACGCGUAUCAUACAAUGUGUGGACCUUGUGCAAGGGAAAGAGAUGUUUGUCCUAAGUGUGGAGAAAAAGCCGAACUAGUAGAAGGAAAACCUUCACCAGAAGAGCAGUUGAAAUUGGAUAUAGAAUUACAAGCGAUGCUCAAGGAACUGCCAGAAAGGAAACGAAGGACAUUCAUUCGUUAUAUGAAUCAAAAAGGAAAGAAAAAUGACUCCACUGAAGUAUCUGGCGAAAAUAAUACCGGAUUGAAUAAAAAGAGCGAAAGUUCUAAUGACAAUGGAAAUGAAGAAAAUGAAAAGGCAACGCGAGAAGAUUUGUUCGCAAAAUUAAAAUCACUAUCUAUGCAGAAAGAAGGCGAUGAGUCAAAUUCUGAUUGUAACUUUAGCGAUGAUGAUUUAGAAUAAUUAAAAUAAGUUGAAUCUGUAUAUAACAGUUCCUAAUGCAUUAUUGCUGUUUUAUAACCAG